AUGGCGACCGAGAGUCUACUAAACAUUGACAUAGGGCCCCUUCAGGGUGACCUUCUUGGAGUAAAAAAGGCAUUGUCGCAGGAUCAGCCGCCUUGUUCAGAAAAUGACUUGGACCGCGUCGACAUCGCUGCGGCGGCAAACAAGAAUUCGCCCUCCCAAGCUGGUGCACUGGAAUCACAGCUACCUAGUACCGUUCCCGACUCACAGUUCAAUCGCAAUCUCGAAAGUCAAUGGAUCUACCUUCGGCCCGCGCCCGAUUCUCACAAACUGACUGCGACACGGCAGAAGAUGACAACUCAAUCGAGCGGUGAUGCAACGCAAGAGUUGUCUCAGUCUCACUAUGACCUGAUUUUGAGCAGGAGUCGGAAUGAAGGGCAGCUUCAAGAGCAGGAACAAAGUCAGGCUUUGCACCAAGUCCGGGGAAAGGACUUUGACAGAGGAGAGGACGCCGGAGAGACUCAGCAUGAAGGUGACACAGGGUUCAUCGACCUGAUGUCCUCUUUUGAGAAGCAGAAGCAAGGAGAGGAGCCGGAGGCUGCCGUCGAACAAACUUCAGGGCACGAUCAGCGUCAGCGCGGAACCGAUUCUGACAAGGAGCAGGAGCAUGAGCAGGAGGACUCGGAACCUAUUGGGGUUGACUUCUCUCCUACCCAACCAACGCAAUCACACGCUGCGCUUUCCCAGUUCCCUGAGUCCCAACGCUUCAAAACACCGGUAACGGCCGGCAAGAAGAGAAGGUACAAUGGAGACUUCAUCGACAGUCCGGAUCUACCACGCAACACUCGACCGCUACUGCGAGGAAGCGAGGACAACGCUAUCCCAAUGGGUCUCAGUCAGGCGUUUGGAGCAACCCAAGCUAAUACCUCUCCGUUCGUCGGAAAUGUCGGUAUUGGGGAUGUUGACUCAGACCGACCCUCACCAGAUAUCCAUCUACAGCCACGUCCUAUGACAGCCACUUCUUCAUCACCCAUGCGACCUCUAUCCACUAUCAAAAGACCCGAUAGGGCCGGAACUGAACCCCUCGAUCACUAUAUAUCGUCAAAGGAGUCGCAAGCUCGGAGGGAGGAUGCACGCCGUAAACUGCUCGAGGAUAUGUAUGUCAAAGAUGGAAGCUCUGGUGAGGAUGACUUCGACAUCGAGGAGGAUAGCUGGUGUGCCAGAGACAGAAGGGAGCGCGAGAGAAGCCGGAGGAUACAGGCACAGCUGUCGUCCUCAUCGCCUCCCGCGGCGUUCACACGAGGUGUAUCAUUAUCCAAAUCAUCGCCUAUUCGACCUUCGGCCCGACGAUCAUCUCCGAUCAGGAUGCGAACCUCACGGCAGCCCAGGCGCAAUCCCGAAUCAAGUCCAACGAGACCCAAUCCACAGUCUCAAGUUACAGAAAGCGAAGAGGAGACGGAACAGGAGGACAAUAAGGAUAUUGCACCAACGAGUUCGAGUCAGUCGUCUGCGCCUGUUGAUGACGAAGACAAGGAGAAUGUCUCGGAUAGGGCUAUCCAGAUUCCUGCGACCACCAUUCAACUGCGCCGACUUACACAAGCCCCGCCUUCUCAGGUGCAAGAAAGUCCCCUUUUACGACGUGGGCGGGCACUCGACGAGGGAGGUUUAUCAGUGACCUUAAAUAGCUCACAGGCCUUCGCCGUUGCUGAUUCCCAAGCAGAGCGAGCAACCCAACAGCCACAGGCAGUUGCCCAGGUUCCUCGAUCAUCCGCUGCUGAUGAUGGUCCCGAUUUUGUUCCCCAAUCCCCAGAGACUACGCCGCAGCCGACUGCUCCAAUAAGUCGAACCCAUCCGUCAGCCACUUUACCGACACAGGUCAUGGUAUCAACGGCCGAGCGGCAAGGUGAUGCUGUUAUCGGAUCGGUUGUCCCUAUGUCGAGCUCUCAAGCCCGUCAGCCCUCAAACAGCACCAUCCCGGAGACAAGUUCUAAUGAACCUCAAGAUCAGAGUGGGAAAGCUUCCGAGGACACCCCACAGACUUGCGACGUUGAGAGCCGGCCCGAGUUCGAAACUGCUGAGACUCAUGUACAGCCUUCUUCCUCCACAGUGGCUCACCAGCCUACGGCAGUCGAACUGAGCAGUCCACCAAUUUCCACCACCCCACCAGGCAGGAGACGACAACGCCUUUCAGACAUUCAAGGGGACCCAUCUCCACAGAAAUCGCAGUCCAGCUUCGAUGCAACUGCACACUUGCGGUUGGAAAUACACAGGAGUCCUACACCCCUGCGAACAUCGGCAAGAGCAGCAAAGAAGACAAGACUGCCCGAAAUUGCUUCGGAAAGUGUUCGAAACGGAGUCUCUGCGCAAGGAGAUGUGCUGUACGGAGCUUCUGAAUCUCCUACGAUCCGAGAUCAAGCUAAAACUGGUGACGAAGCACAGCCACAACAUGGUCUCGAGAAACAGUCCGUGCAGCCUGCGCUGCCAGUAUCAACGUUUCCCAAGCGAGAUAAGAGAUCUACAGCCAAAGGUCUGAGUGCUCGCAGCUCUGAGACCGGCGGUGCACCUCCUCGGCGGAGGACUUCCCAGUACGAACUCCCCGAGUCUCCAGAACGAAGGGUCGACUCUGCCAUCAAACGCACAGCAAAGCUCAAGCGAAAGAUCGAAAACACGGGCAAUCCAUCAGAUGGCGCGCCCAAUGCCAACAAGCGGCUCAAGUUGACAGAGAGCAAUCCUGCACCAUACGAUUCCCUACAGAGCGCCCCUGCGCAGCUUCAAGACAUACCAGACACUCUCGCCUUGGAUAAUCAAAACUCCGGACAUAGUUCACCUCGACUGGAGAGCGACAAGGAUGUUGCCAAUGGUGUAGGCGAGGACCUGGUGGCACCGAAUAUGGUAUUCGCUGCCUUUAAUGGUAAGAGUCGGACAUACCACCCUGCUCUUUGUCUCGGUCGGCCAGCCACUGACUCCGGUCGUUUUACAAUACAAUGGGAAGGCUACGAUCCUGACGAGGUCGAUGAACAUGGCGUGCGUAGCCUCGAUCUGCGAAUAGGCGAUCAAAUCAAGAUAGACAUGGAUGGCUUUCCGAAGGUCUCACACGUCAUCAGAGGCUUCACAGAUAGGAUUCCACAAGGUAAUGUCGAUCCUGGUCAAGUCGCCGUGACUGAUAUCCGCGGCUACCAAACCCUCCUCGUGGCGCCAAAGCAACGCAAAAGCCUACCUGUUGAGAUUUCGACUGAGGCCGUGAAGAAUGUGCCUGUAUCCGCGAUAUACCUAGACACGAUCAUGUGGGGACAGAUGAAGGACCGGGUUUAUGAGUGCAAAUCUGCUGUCUACCAAGGCAGAUUGACGGACAGGUCGACGCCGGUGCCUCAAAUAUCUUCUUCUUCCCGUCCAAGCCCGCCACCAUCACGGAGCAGGCGAGGAGCCGCAGUUGCCGGUCCACCUAUCUCAUCGACAUACACCCGCCCCGACGGCCUGUUCAGCAAUAUGGUGUUUGCAAUCUCUCACUACGAUGAACCAACGAAGCAAAGACUUGUCUCUCUAGUCCAAGAGAAUGGCGGUAGCAUCCUCGAAGGAUCCUUCACAGAUCUCUUCGUGGUAGACUCUAUCGAGCUCAAGGACCAAUAUGCCAACGUUGGGUUCACCGCGCUUCUUACGGAUCGCCAUAUGUGCAAUGUGAAGUACUUACAAGCACUGGCACUUGGCCUGCCUUGUCUCAGUGGCAGAUGGAUCGAGGCAAGUGUGCAGACAGGCAGACUUGCCGAUUGGAAUUCGUACCUCCUUGCUGCCGGCGAAAGCACCGAACUCGAGGGAGCUGUGAAGUCUCGGCUUCUGCAGCUCCCAUCGAGCAUUCAAGGCCUGAAGGUGAGAGACAUGCUCGAUCUGAGAGCCAAAAUCCUCUACAACUCACGAGUUGUGUUCGUCAUGGGCAAAGGCAAAACAAGCGAGGAUCGCAAGCCGAUCCUUUUUCUGGUCAGAGCGCUCGGCCCAAGCCAGCUCACUACCGAAACAAAUGUAAGCGGUGCGAAGGAGAUUGUUCAGUCUGCGGACCAAAGUAAAGAGCCGGUCGAUUACGUGUUUGUUGGGGACGGCGAUGUUCAGGCUGCGAAAAGACUGUUCUCGUCGGAAGCGAACGAGCCAAAGGAAGAACAGAAACGUCACAAAAAGGGCAAACCGAAGAAAGGACGAGUCUCGGGUCGUUAUGAAACGGAGGCAAAGCAGGAGCUGGAUGGUGUUUUGGGCAGAGCCCAGAUCAUUUGCAAGGAGGAUAUCAUCCAGAGUCUGAUUCUAGGGAGAUUGUGGAUAGGAACAUGA